AUGAAAUUAUCAAAAUAAUAAGUUAGAAAUAUUGUAAAAAAAAAUUAUUAAGCAUUUGAUCCUAAAAGACCCAUUUUUACAUAAGUGAUGUUAAAAUAACAAGAAACUAUAAUUGAUGAUGGUAUUUUAUUUAGGAAUGAAAAUAGUUAAUAAUUUCUAAAUAAUUAUGAAAUAAAUAAUUAAAAAGCUGAUAUUAGAUUUAUACCUCAGGCAAUUUAAUAUAUGGCUUAAAUUACUUAAAUUUGA